CAUGAAACAACCGAUCCUUGGUUCAAUCGCUCUUUUCGCUCCGUUCGGACAAAUACAUGGAUAGAUAACAAGAAAGAGAAGAUCAAACGAGGAAAACAGGAAAAAAACCUUCAACAGACUCCAAAUCUUUGUCAGGCAAACACACGAAGAGAGAAAGAGAAUAUAGAUCUUCACGUGCAUUUGGAUCGCAUCAAACAAUGCAUCGGAUUGAAGAAUUCGCGAGAACGGACGUAAGAAAGCAGGAAGAAUAGAUAGAGCAGGGAUCUGUUUUUGUUUUUGAUUAUAAGAGAUGAGCAAAGAACACAGCAACACGGUGAUGAAGGCGUGGGAGGCGACCCUACGCAAGACGCAGGCCGCGAAGAAGCGCGCCAACAGCAUCUUCGGGACCAUGUCCGUGGCCCAUGCCGACGACGAAGACGAGGAUGGCGAUCACGAUGACAACAAGAACCAUAACAACAACAUCAACAACAACAACAAAAGCCUUGAUGCCUCUCCAGGUGGCGGUGAGAUCUACCAUGCAGAGCAGUUCGUCCUGAACGGGGAUUGCUACACGGGGCAAUGGCAAGACAACUUCCCACAUGGGUACGGCAAGUACCUGUGGACGGACGGCUGCAUGUACGUAGGCCAGUGGCACCGGGGAAAGAAGAUGGGGAAGGGUAGGUUCAGCUGGCCUUCUGGGGCAAUCUAUGAGGGCGAGUUCAAGGGCGGGUACAUGGACGGGAAGGGCACAUACACUGGCCCGAGCGGCGAUGUCUACCGUGGCCAGUGGGUCAUGAACCUGAAGCACGGACACGGGGUCAGGAGCUUCACAAAUGGUGACUGCUACGAAGGCGAUUGGAGGAGGGGGUUGCAGGAAGGGAGUGGAAGGUAUCAGUGGGCCAAUGGGGAUUGCUAUGUGGGUGAGUUCAAGAAUGGUGUGAUCUGUGGGAAGGGCACUUUUGCUUGGUCCGAUGGGAAUAGAUAUGAAGGUUUGUGGGAAGAUGGAUUGCCCAAAGGGAAUGGGACUUUCAUGUGGCCUGAUGGCAGUUUUUACUUGGGGAAUUGGAGCAAAGACCUGGAGGAGCGGAGCGGGAGCUACUACCCAGCGGGCGGGUCGCCGCCCGCCGAGGGGGAUAAGCUCGAGUGGAGCCCGCAGCAGGUGUAUGACGGGCUGUCAGGGCACGAGAUCUGCUCCGGAGAGAAGGUCUCAAUCCUGCCCUCACAGAAGAAGCUAACGGUGUGGAGGUCGUCCAAGGGGGACACCCGGCCGAGACAGGUGUCAGCUGAUGGGCGAGUCAGUGUUGGCGUGGAGAGGACGAUCGACCGGAUGGAAAUGCUGGAGGGCGGCAAUGGGGACGGCAGUGGCACGUUCGAGGAGUUGGGGAGGGACGUGGAGGUGGAUCUCUUGGGGCUGGAUAUUGAGAAGGCGAACCUAGAGGGGUUCCUAGGGCAAUUGAGGCUGCCUAGAACAGGGAAGAAGCAAGGGGAGACAAUCUACAAAGGGCACAAGAACUACGAGUUAAUGCUCAAUCUGCAGCUCGGGAUAAGGCAUUCAGUUGGAAGAGCCCCUCCGCCUGUAUCUCUCGAUCUCAAGGCAUCAGCCUUCGAUCCCAAGCAAAAGGUAUGGACGAGGUUUCCUCCGGAAGGAAGCAAAUACACGCCCCCGCACCAAUCUUGCGACUUCAAAUGGAAGGACUACUGCCCUUUAGUUUUCAGGACCCUGAGGAAGUUGUUCAAGGUGGAUCCGGCCGAUUACAUGUUGUCAAUCUGCGGGAAUGACGCCCUCCGAGAACUCUCGUCUCCUGGCAAGAGUGGCAGCUUUUUCUAUCUGACAAAUGACGACCGAUACAUGAUUAAGACAAUAAAAAAGGCAGAAGUGAAAGUGCUUCUGAGGAUGCUUUCGGCUUAUUAUAAUCAUUUCCGAGCCUUUGAGAAUACUCUGGUGACGAAAUUCUAUGGUCUGCAUUGUGUGAAGUUAACUGGACCUAUUCAGAGGAAGGUGAGGUUCAUCAUUAUGGGCAAUCUCUUUUGUUCUGAGUACACCAUCCAUAGGCGCUUCGAUCUCAAAGGCUCAUCCCUCGGCCGCACUACUGACAAGCCCGAGUCGGAAAUUGACGGGAACACUAUCCUUAAGGAUCUCGAUCUGAAUUUUUUGUUUCGCCUUCAGAAGCCGUGGUUUCAGGAGUUCUGCAGGCAAAUUGAUAGGGACUGUGAGUUUCUUGAGCAAGAGAGAAUCAUGGACUAUAGCCUUUUGGUUGGUCUUUACUUCAGGGAGACAUCAGUGGCGGGGUAUCUAAUCCCGUCCGGAGCUCGUACUCCAACCGGUGACCAGGAAGAUGAAGGCGCUCCUCGUCUCUCUCGAGCUGAUGUAGACCAGCUUCUUCUUGAUCCAACCAGGUGGGCUAGUAUCAGGUUGGGUGUGAACAUGCCAGCUCGCGUCGAGAGAUCGAUUAGAAGAGGCGGUUCCGAGUUUCAGCUCAUUGGCGAACCUACCGGAGAAUUCUACGAGGUGGUGAUGUUCUUUGGCAUCAUCGACAUUCUCCAGGACUACGACAUCAGCAAGAAGCUCGAGCACGCGUACAAGUCCAUCCAGUAUGAUCCGACUUCGAUAUCAGCGGUCGAUCCUAGGCAAUACUCGAGGCGCUUCCGCGACUUCAUCUUCAACAUUUUCCUCGAAGAUGAGUUGUGAAAAUGGUCCGUGGAUUCGCUGGCAUUUUUUCUGCGGGAUUUCGGCAUUCCUUGGAUAACUCCAGAUGCCGACCACCUUUGCUGGCCAUUACUUAAAACUGUAUAAUGCAAUGUACAGAGCACAUGGAAGAUUACACAUUUUUAUAGGAGUGUGCAAAGAAAAAUAGAAUAAUUGCACAAAGGAGACGAAAUAUUUAUACCUGCAACUUUGUAAUGUUUUGUCCAAAUGAGUAGCUAUAUACAUGUAA